AGUAAGGGGAAUGAACUACAAUAGGUGUCCGAAACACGCUAUUGUAGUCUAUCGAAAUCUAUUGGAUCACAUUGGACAUGAUGAUUUUGUAUGGAGGCCAUAUCUGGGUCUGGAUCAUGAUGUGAACCAUGACGAUGCUGCAGUUUGGACAGCGAAGACACCAAUUAUCCGAUUCACUACAGUUGAAAUGCACCAAAGUGACAGGGUCAAACUGCAGUUCGGAAUGGUACAACAUAUCCCAGAGUCUCCCACGUGUUUGGGGAAUUGGCAUCAAAAAAGGGUCGAUGCACAGUGGGAUUAUUCGGACUGGAGAGACUUUGCAAAAGACAUGUGUCGUCAAUGGAGAAAUCGACGACAACACAUCCUGAACGAACCAGUCAUCCAAGGUGUAAGACCGACUCAACAAUAUAUGGCAUGGUUUAGGUCUGUAACAACUCAGCAAUUCGUAUCUGAGCCGCGGUAUUUGAUGGAUCCGCGCCAACUUGCUUCGUCAUCGUACGUCCCACAACAAUUCCCCACCCAACACCAAUGUGAACCCACCCAAACCCAACAACCAACCACACAACAUCAACCGACCACAUAUUCAAACCAACCAAACACCCAACAUCGCAACCCGUUCAUGCCAACCACCCAACAACGAACCAUCCAACGUCGCAAUCCCUUCAUACCACCCACCCAAACACAAAACCAAGAACCAAACCCCGCAACCACAACCGUCUAUACCACCGAUGAUUCAUAUGGGUCACGUCAUCCUAGCCCCCCACCAUUUAACACCCAACCACUGUUUAAAUAUAGUACGCCCCAAGAACCAUUGCUUCGUUUUCAAAACGACUCAAUGACCCAAUUUGGGCAACUAUACCGUCCCCAAUUCACCCAAUUCACCCAACCCCAACGCCCUAACUACGAUGACAUGGGCACCGAACUCCAUUACGGAAGCGCCGUUGGCCACAGCCCCUCCGGGUAUUGGGAGCAAAUGAUGACACAUCUUUCGAAUACCGCCGGAACCUCUGCCGGACCUUCCAACCAGCCAUCGCUCGAUCAGGUUUAA